AUGGGGCCAGGCCACCAGGGCUGAAGCGCUGCACCAGCCUCUCGCAGAAGGCCAGCCAUGUCCAGCCCGGGGCUCCUGCUCCUGCUCUUGCUGCUGGCCCCACCACCACUGCAGCCCUCCUUGCUGCCACCGCUGGACACCCCAGAGGGCAAGGCCACUGUCACAGGCCUCAUCCUCUCUGCGCUGGAGAGAGCCACAUCCUUCCUGGAGAAGAGGCUGCCCGAAAUCAACCUGGAUGGCGUGGUGGGGUUCCGGGUCCUGGAAGCACAGCUCCAAGGCGUCCGGGAGAAGUGGGCCCGGGAUCCCCAGCUGCAGCUGCUCAGCCUGCGUGUGGGGGAGCUGGCAGACAAGCUGGCUCCUCUCCUCCACAGAUCCAUUUUCUACCUCAGGCUGAGUGACCCUGAGUACCUAAGAGAGUUCCAGCCAACCAUUGAGCCUGGGUUUUGGAAGCUCCCGCGUGCCUGGACCCACACCAGCGACUCCAUGGUCUACACCUCGUUCAAGCCACAGGACUCCUUCUCAGAGGAGCACAGUGACCUGUGUCUGGCGCAGCUGCUGGGAACUGGGGUAGACAGCAGCCCGCCCUGCAGGCUCUCAGACUUCUGCAGAAACCUCAUGACAAAGCCUGGCUGCUCUGGCUACUGCCUGUCCCACCAGAUGCUCUUCUUUCUCUCGGCCAGAAUGAGGGGAUGCACGGAGGGGCUGUUCCGCCAAAGCCAGCGCUACAUGAAUCUCUUCUGCGCCAACAUGAUGGACUUGAACCGGAGAGCUGAAGCCAUCGGCUACACCUACCCCACCCGGGACAUCUUCAUGGAAAACAUCAUGUUCUGUGGCCUGGGUGGCUUCUCUGACUUCUACAAGCUUCGGUGGCUGGAGGCCAUUCUCAGCUGGCAGAAGCCGCAGGAAGGAUGCUUUGGGAGGCCUGCUGCUGACGGUGAAGAAUUACCUAAAGCCAUUCACCACCAACAGCAUUCUUUGAGAAGAGUGAAGAGGCGAGAAAAACAAUUUACAGACGGUUGCUCCUCCCACAACACAGCCAUGGCCGUCGCAGCUCUGGGUGGCUUCCUCUACAUCCUGGCGGAACACCCCCCAGCAGACAGAGAGCUGCAGCCUUCUGUACCAGCACUACUCAGCGACCACUGACACGGAAGUUUCCAGGCCUGUCGCCCACCAGGAAGAUGAAAUACAUGCCUUUAGUCCUUCCUUCUUUAAGCCCUAGGGCCUGGGUCAGGAGGCAGCUGAAGCAAAGCCACCCAGCGUCAUCCUCUGGGGGAGGUGGGGCUGGGAUGGACCCUGGUCCGGGAGCAGAUGAAUAAAUGGGAAGUGCCGUCAA